CACUGCAGAAAGCUCGGCCAGCCUCCCCGGUGCUGAUGCUGCGACAUGCCUCGCGAAUUCGGUCUGGUGAUGUGCGUCGCGGAGUCGUGUAAACAACGUCGAGGUCCCGCUGGUAGGCCUAAGCCGCGUAGGCCUAGUGCGAGUGCGGUGUCAAGACCGGCAGCCGUGCAGUCCCUGUAGCUCGAAGGAGCGGCACGAUAUCCCCCGGUGUUUCUAACGCCCGCGGCAUCGUCGCGCGACCGUGUGAAUUCAGUGCUGCGUUUUUCGAGUCGGUGCUCUAGUUGCAAACAUGGGCCGCCGACAUUGGCAAUGGGCGGCUCGUCCGCCUCAUCUCAGAUCGCGUCCGCUAACGCUUUCGUUGGUUGUGGUGUUUGCUGGCACAUUCCGUCAAACGCGUAAACAAAAAUGUUCCGCCGGCUGUCGCGGCAUGUCGGCGCGUGCGUUGGUGCUGCAAGGUGUGGUGCGUGUGUGCCGCGACCGGAUUACGUAACGAACAGGCACAAGCGGACGCUGAACAGCAAAAAGUAUGGCGUCGACCUCAUUCAUUACACCCAUGCGACAAACACCGCCAUCCAUAGUUCCACAAAGGUGGACGACACAAUCAGGUACCUGUCCCUGCAUGACAACAAGUACAUUCGCUACUUCCCAGGCCACACCAAAAAGGUGGUGACUCUUUGCACGUCACCUGUGGACGACCUGUUCCUGUCAGGUUCCCUAGACAAGUCACUCCGGCUAUGGGACCUGCGCUCACCAAACUGCCAGGGGGUGAUGCACCUGACUGGUCGUCCCGUGGGCAACUUUGACCCCGAGGGCCUCAUCUUUGCGGUGGGCCUCAACUCUGAGCUGGUGAAGCUCUAUGACCUCCGCACUUUCGACAAGGGCCCCUUCAACACGUUCAAGCUUCCGCAGGACCGGGACUGCGACUGGACGGGGCUCAAGUUCAGUCCCGACGGCAAGAGCAUCCUCAUCUCGACCAACGGGGCCCUCAUCCACCUCAUCGAUGCCUUCCAGGGGACACCCCAGCAGACCUUCACGGGCCACACGAACAACAAGGGCAUCCCCCUGGAGGCAUCCUUCAGUCCAGACUCGCAAUUUGUGUUCAGCGGCUCGACGGAUGGCCGGGUGCACGUGUGGAGCACGGCGGAAGGAGGCACGCGCACUGCGGUGCUCAGCUGCGACCACACGGGGCCUGUCCACUGCGUCCAAUUCAACCCCAAGUACAUGAUGCUGGUCUCUGCCUGCACGAACAUGGCCUUCUGGCUGCCAAGCAUAGACGACAACUUGUGAAACCGAACCACUGCUGGGUGGCAGCACGACUGUUGCAAGGCCAGGAGGCUUACCGAACAUUCUGUGGCAAAGGGUCCAUCGCCGUGCUUGCCUCCUCGUCAUUGUAGCCCACUUUGCCGCCGUUUCUUAAGUUAUUGGAGACUCGUGAGAAGAGAGUGGCCACUCGCUGCCCUGCCCCCCCUCCCCCCAGCUUUCGUCAAGGAUCGCUUGUGUCGCUGCUCGAAUUCAUCGAUCUCAGCAUCGUUCUUCGAUAUCUCUGAACUGCGCUCUUACACUGAACUCCGCUGGUCAUCUUGGGGAAGGCCUUUCGGAGAGUUCUUGAGCAAACACUCAGAUUUGGUAAAUCUAAAUCUGGCAGACGAGAAAGUCUGCGCUUGUUUACAGCAGAAAUGACUCGUGUGACAAAUGGCUCUGGAACUUGAUGACAGUGGAGUGGGGAAUGCGACUUGUUUGGAUUCAGCCGAUUGAAAUUAACUGCUUGAAAACCGAUUCUCCACUGCGAGCCAAAAAAAAAAAAAAAAGCCUGCUCCGAGUUGACCAGGGGUGUUAAUGAUGCAGCUCCAUUCGAGGUGUACUGCUGUUUGACUAAAGUAAAUAUCCUAGUUGAAAUGGUUAAUGUGUGGCAGGAAGCUAUACAAAGGCUCAACAUAAAGUUUACCUCAUUCCUCGUAGUAUUUCCAGCUCCUGCAUGCAACUGUCUGUUGCACUGUUUUUGUUACAGGCGAGCCUUGCAUACGCAUUAUUUUAACCACUGUGCAUUUGGUGGUUUUUCUCUCAUGCUCAUACAGGUGACAUUUUUGAUGGGGGAAGAAGGGCUCUGCCCUUGUCAGUUUGGGGAAGUGUGUGUUUCGAGAUGAUUGACAGCUGUUUUUGUCACCAGUGCACCUCGGAAAGUGCUACAUAUGUAAGAGCACAGAGACUGUGCCCUGUUUGCCUUUUCUAUCGUUUUGUCAAAGGCUGGUUGCUGGCUGUUCCCCCUUGUUCUGUUUUUGUCCAUUGUUUUCAGCUUUUAUCCCCCUGUUUCUUGUCACCAUAUCAUUUGCAUCAAUGAAGGCUUCUUUUGUUGGUCUUGUGUUGUUGCGCUCCUUCCUCAUCGUCUGCUCCGUGGAGCACCUCUAGAGUCAUCAGUUGUUUACUGUGGUAUGCCUAUAAAGACACACCUUUUUCUCAUA